CCCUUGUUCCGAUUUGAUGCUCGAUGGGCAGAGAAUCCGGAGGUUAGGGCGAUGGUCAACUAUGUCUGGCAAGAGGAUAUUCGUGGAUCUCCGAUGUUCCAGCUGUGGGAUCGCCUGAAAAAGCUCCGUCAUCUUCUGUAUGAUUGGAGUAGGGCAGGUACUACGAAUUCCCUGCGUAAUAUUCAUACGCUCCAGGCUGAAAUUGAGAGGAUAAAGCAGAUUCAUCCUAUUGAUUGGGAUGCGAUUCGCCCGUUGGAGUUGGAACUUACUCGGCAAUGGGAGGCAGAGGAAAUAUAUUGGCAACAAAAAUCUAGAGUUCAUUGGCUUAAAAAGGGUGAUAAGAACACUUCUUAUUUCCAUACGGUCACUAGAGCUCGGCGAAAGAGAAACUUUGUGGAAGGUCUUCGCAAUGAGAAUGGAGACUGGGUCACGGAGGAGAGUGGUAAAGCAGACAUAGCUUGUGGUUUUUACAAGAACCUUUUUACCUCGGAGACCCAGGUUGAGAAUAUGUGGGAUAGAGUGGCAGACUUGCCCAUUGCCCAGGCUAUUACGCCCGAUAUGAAUGAUAAUCUCACGGCGGAGGUCCUUCCUGCAGAGGUGCGCAAAGUGGUGUUCUCCAUGAGAUCAAAGCAAGCCCCAGGCUCUGAUGGGUUCACUGGCAAGUUCUUCAAAGCCUUCUGGGAUAUUGUGGGGACUUCGGUGAUUGAAGCAGUUUGCUCGUUCUUUCGGACGAGUAAGAUGCUUCGCAGCUUCAAUCACACCUGGUUGACCCUGAUUCCCAAAGUAGAUAAUGUGGAGACCAUGAAACAUCUGCGCCCGAUAAGCCUCUGCCAGUUUGUGUAUAAGAUCAUAACCAAGAUUAUGGCUGAGCGGUUGGCUAGCCUCCUCCCGCAGGUUAUCUCCCGGGGCCAGAAUGCGUUUAUCAGGGAACGUCAAAUUGUCGAGAACAUCCUCCUCGGGCACGAACUAAUGCACUACCUGAAAACCAAAACGAAAGGCAAGAAAGGGUACAUGGCUCUGAAGGUUGACAUGGAAAAAGCCUAUGAUAGAGUCGAAUGGCCGUUUCUCCUGGCGGUUUUGGAGAAGAUGGGGUUUAGUUCUAUUUGGCGAGGAUGGGUUCUGGAGUGCCUCAGGUCCACUUCAUUCUCAGUCAUGAUGAAUGGCACGCCUGCGGGCUAUUUCACCCCUUCUAGGGGCCUGCGUCAGGGUGAUCCCCUAUCUCCUCUUCUGUUUGUGCUCUGCACAGAGGGUUUCGCGGCACUUCUAAAUAAGGCUAUUUCGGAGGGUAAGCUGCAAGGGGUGAAGGUGGCUCCUCGGGCUCCACGAAUCACCCACCUGUUCUUUGCUGAUGAUUCUUAUUUAUUCCUCCGAGGUUCUCUCCAGGAAUGUGAGAAUCUGAUUGAGGUGCUGAAUGAAUAUGAGGAACUGAGUGGCCAAAGGGUUAACUUAGACAAAUCCGCGGUCUGUUUUAGCAAGAACAUUGUGAUGGCUGAUCAGGAGUUCUUGGCCCAGAUUUUGGGGGUAGGGGCUGUUGGUGUCCAUGAUAAGUAUCUGGGGCUACCCACGUUGAUUGCUAGGUCUAAAAUGGCGACUUUUCGAUACCUAGAAGAAAAGCUCCUGGAGCGUUUACAAGGGUGGAAGCAAAGGACAUUGUCAUGGGCGGCUAAGGAGGUUUUGAUUAAAUCCGUUGCCUUGGCUCUCCCGCUCCAUGUCAUGUCCUGUUUCAAACUUCCUGUCUCCCUAUGUAGACUGUUGGACAAGCAUGUAGCGAGGUUUUGGUGGAAUGUGGUGGAGGGUCAGCCUAGAAUUCGGUGGUUAUCAUGGAGGAAUAUGUGCCGUAGUAAACAUGAUGGGGGCAUGGGUUUCCGGCGUUUUGAGCUCUUUAACCAAGCCCUGCUAGCCAAGAUUGGAUGGCAGAUCAUUACGGACCCCCUAUCCCUCUUAGCUCAAGUUUAUAAGGGCAAAUAUUUCCCCUCUGGGUCUUUCUUGACGGCUACGGCCCGUUCCAGGCCCUCUUGGGGCUGGCAGAGUAUUUUGUACGGCAGACAAUUGCUCGAACAAGGGCUUCGGUGGCAAAUUGGGAAUGGCCAAACUGCUUCUUUACUUUUGUCCAAUUGGGUCCCGUCCCUUCACCCGGACCCCCCGCGGUUUAAUCCAGUGGUGAUUCCGGCUGAGGGGGACCUCCGGGUAGAAACAGUUCUCUGUCCGGGGGAAGGGAGGUGGAAUGAGGAGAAGCUGAGGCAGUGGUUUGAUCCCCCUACUUGUCGAGCCAUUAUGCGCAUUCCGCUUCCGCGGCAAUGCGUGGAGGAUCGACUGGUAUGGAAUGACACUGCGGAUGGGAUUUUUACGGUAAAAUCUGCGUACCACCUUGCGGUCAGAGUGGAUCAGCAGAGGAAUCAAUGUAGAGCUACGGUUAGUUGGAUAGAUAAGCCCAGCUGGAUCCGGUUAUGGGAGGCUAACAUACCCCCAAAGCUUAAAGUGUUCGUCUGGCAAAUUUUUAAUCGGACUCUCCCCACUACUGAGGCACUUCGGAGUAAAGAUGUGAUGGUUCACCCUCGAUGUCCGGUCUGUUGGGAUGCAGAGGAAACCAUGGAACAUUUAUUUCUGGACUGCCCAGUGGCUAGGGCACUUUGGGAUUACUCUGGGCUAGAACACCUGGGUCAGGGAUUGCCCCGCCAUACGUUCCCACUCUUUCUUAAACGCUUGUUGGCCCUCAUUCCACAUUCGGAAAUGAUUAUGACGGUGGUGGCGGUUCUCUGGAGGAUUUGGCGCUCUCGAAACUGGGUUGUGUUUGAAGGGAAGCAAUUUGGGUUCCCAGCCUUGAUGCGGCAGUUAAACCAGCAGGUUGAUGAGUGGCUGCGGGUGCCAAUUGAGCGGGGGAAUCCUGUGUUUGCUCCUGAGCCCCUCACAACUAAUGCGGGGGCUGAUGGCCGGGUUAUUUGUAUGUGGGAUGGAGCGACGAGACAGGGAUCGCACUCUGCUGGAGGUGUGGUACUGAUGACCCCUUCUAGGGCUAUGUUGGUAGCCAGAGGUUUCCACUUCCCGUGCAUUGAUGAUCCGUUGGUGGUGGAACUGUUGGCCCUGCGAGAGGCUAUAGGGUGGUGUCUGGUGAAUGGGGUCUCGGAAGUUUGCUUUGAAGGGGACGCCAAAGUGGUCAUAGACAAGAUCAAUCGGGCGGAGACUGGUGAUGGUAGGAUGGGUGCGGUUCAAGUAGAAGUUGUUAACUGUUUUGCUUUGCACCCGGGGUUUAGUGUUCGAUUUGUAGGUCGGUCUCGCAAUAGGGUAGCCCACUUGGUGGCUAGGAAGGCCCUUUCAUUGUCUCCGACUGCAAAUUGUUUGUUUGAUUUCCAGACCUGGCUGUGCUCCAGGAUGUAACUAUCUUGUGGUUGAUUCUAUAUAUAUGAAUAUCUUUUGUCAAAAAAAAAAAAAAAAACGUGGAAUGUCAUUUAAAAUCGUAUGAAGUUAAGUUCCUCUCUUUCCCGUAUCCGUAUGUGUGAAUUGAAUUGUGACGAGUUCGUUUGACUGCUAACUUCUAUUUUGCCAUUCUCUUUGGUUCUUUCUUGUAAGAGACAAAGUCAGAUAUAUACAAAUUCAGUUACCUCUAAUCCAACUAGCUCUGUGCCCGGCCCUUGGCCGGGUCGAUUUGCUCAAAUAUAAAGCAUUGUGUGGGUCAUGUAAGCAUUCUAUUGCAACUCUUUGAGUCAGAUACUCAGAUCAACCUACAUAUGAGGACUAAAGUACUUUUCACGGCUUGGAACUUGGAGCUUCCAUUGUUAGCUUGUGUUGUAGCUUGAGUUGUACCAUUGCAUUGUUGUCUGGAAUGCAAGUUAUAGUUUCUUUUUCACAGUCGUUAGCAAUGGUGAUGUAGCAAUCCUCACUCGAUGUAGAUCUGGUUGCGGAGCUUUUCAUGUUAUUGUAUCUUCAAUCUCUGUUUCAUUGUCCUGUGAAAAUAUGGCAUUUGUCAUUAAAGUUCUGAAACAUAUGUGGAUUCAUUGUAUGGUUGGUACCCAUGCUAGCUUAUAAACAAAGAAAUUAUCUCCUCAUGAGUGCGACAUCUAAUUGCAUAAUUUGCAUUUAAGUGGAUAAAUUUUACAAUGCUAUAUAGUAUUGGUGCUAUAGGUUUUUGCUUCUAUGGUACAACUUAAAAUUGUACAUUCACGUUAUGGUACAACUUCAUAUUGUACCUAUACUUUUUGUACAAAUUCUUUUAUAGUGCAACUUGAACUUGUACCUUUAUGUGAUGGUACAACUUCAAGUGGUAAAGUUGUACUAUAACAUAAUGAUACAAAUUGCCUUAUGGUACAACCUAAACUUAUAAAUUAAUAUUAUGGUACAACUUUAAGUUGUACAUUGAAGCACCAAUGCUAUAUAGUAUAGUAGAAGUGUUCAUUUAAGUGAUCAAAGACUAUAACCUGUAGAAAACAAAUAGUAAACACAAUGUGGGUAACGUGGUUGAAGGAAUUCAACAAAUAAACCCCAAAAGCAAUUAAUUUGGAUGACUCUAUAUAUCAAAGUACAUUGAUGAAUUUGAUCACAAAGCUUUCAAAACGUUCACAUGAUUUAACAAUGUAUCACAAUUAUACAUCAACCAUCAAGAAAAUCAUUUAUGGAACCAUCAAUUCGUACUGGUGCUUGCCUUGCUUGGGAGUUUGAUGAGGACAUUACAGUACUGCUUGAACUGCUGACUCCUAUCACUUUUCCACUCUUCCAACUCUUCGGGAUUCAUCGCCAUGGAUUUUUACUCUAACUUCGAAUCUGUUACAUUAGGGCAACUAUAGUUCAACAGUGUAUUGGUUUCAAAUCAGAACCAAAGAGACGAUAUAUGGGAAUUACUUGAGAUUGAAGUGACAAAUUACCUGAUAUAAACAUUUAGGCAGGGAAGAAGAACAUCUGUUUUGGGCGUAUGAAAGGCUUCUUCUAAGACACUGGUCUCGAACUCCAAACUUAAGUCACAAUUUAGAUUUACAGGCAGGAAACAUGGUUCCUUCGCCACAAAAUUGCAAAAAAGUAAAGAAGAAACAGGGAAGAGCAUAUUCAGAAAUCAACUGAAGAGGAAGAUUCGGAUAAAAAAUGAACUUAAUUUCUUCAUAAUCCGCCUCCCUUAAUAAUUUUCAAUCAAUCUGUUAAGGGAACAAUUAAUUCAAAAUCCAAAACUAUACCCACAUAUACCCAGACUAACUACCAUGGCAAAGCAAAGCAUAGCUUCCCACCCUCUCACGGCGAAACAAAAUGUCCCAAUCCUG